UAAGUUCAAAAUUGUGAGGCUUCAGAAGUUUUCAAGUCACCUUAUUCAGCAAGUUCCUGCUCAUAAACAGGAUAUACAACGUGAAUAGCUGGCCAACAGCUUACACAGGAGUGAGACCGAACAGCAUGCACAUGCCAAUGCUGCAGGAGAGACUGAAGGACGUCCUGCUGUGAUUCAGGGGAUAUUUAAGGGCACAGAUUUCACCAAACGAUGCCUGAGUGGGGGUGGUUUUCCAAGCAUGAUGCAGAACCUGUUGCAGUCGGGAAGUCGCAGUAGCACAGACGCAUCGUGCCGGGUGUGUGUGACAGAGCUGGAGGUGGGCGGUAUGUCUGGCGGUGAGAAUGGCUGGAACUCAAACGCAGGGACAAAUAAUGGAGGAAUUACUCACCUCGAGGUAACGCAGCAGAGUCUCCCAGUACUGAAGAGCGACAGGCGGAGCUGUGAGGGGUCUGGUGAGAGCUGCUGUACCUCAGCGCCCAGCGGUUCCUGGGGGGAGUUUGAAGGCUUCAAGGAACCCUUGGGCAAAUGGCAUCCCAGACCUGAUAUCUUGCUGAAGUCAAAAAACACUUCUGAUGGUGGUACAGGCGUGAGCAGAGGACAUUGCAGUGCUGCUGCUGCCGGUCACUUCUGUUCCGAGCCAUCUCUACGCAGUGAGGCUUCCAGCUCUCUGAAUGAGGCAGACCUCUGCUAUGAGGGUAUAUUUAAAUCAGGCUUUCCAGAAGUCCUUGUAUCGCAGUCCAACGAGAGCAUAAGAAGCCUGGAUCAAGUACUUGGUGUGAAUAAUGAAGAUGUUGGGAUUCCUGAACUUACAAAUAAUCGACUUUGCAUUGAUUCUGGAAACAUAUGGAGAACUCUUAGAGACUUAGAUAAUACCUCCAGAUUAAGACAUCCCUGGAGUAAAUCUCACUGCCAAGAAAACCUUCUGAGUGUUCUUGGAAUAGAUGCAAAUCGAACGGACUUUCCGGAGUGCCAGAAUGACAUCACUGAGGAAUCAAAUGCUAAAGAUAAUGAAGACUUCAGAUUUGACGGAUUCAGUAUUAAUAACUGCAAAGCAUUGAUCCAGACCAAGAUGCUCUGGGCUACCUGAGUACUGCAGCACACGACAGGUGAGAGAGGAUCUGUGAUUCCUGUCUUCAGUCCGAGCUCAUUUAUUCAAAGAAAAGGACUCACAGAUAAGAAAUUGUAAAGCAAUUCAGUUCAGCAUCAAGUCUGUGGAGUCCCCGCUGCCUGCAUCAGAACUAGGACACGAGCUAUUUGGGGGAUACUCACACAGAAAGGGAGACGGGCCUCUCCAAACUUGUUAGUAGAUCAUUUUCAGCUGUAGACCAGCCUUGCCUUCUAUUCUUAUCUUUGGAAACAAGGGGUGACGGAAAACCCUAUGAUGUGUUUUGCACAAACUCUCUGUUCAUUUCCUUUUGUCAUUUCCUUGUUGCCUUCCUGGGCACGAAGCCAAGCCUGCUAACAAUCGCCACUCACCAACUCCUGAAAUACACAAUUGUAUGAAGUAGGA